UUGAUGACACGUGAAAUGGUGUGAAAGUUACACGUGUUAAAUAAGCAUGAUAAGAGUUAAACCUGUCAACCGCCUAAACCUUGCUCACAAAACCCUCAACACAAAAUAGCUUUGUAAACAAAAACUCAAACUCAAACUCAACACAAAAUCUGAAAUAGUAUUUCAUUAUUAUCAAAAUUACUGAGUAUAAAAUCAAACAAUUGAUUAGAAAUGGAAGGAAGGAAAGAUUUGGGAGUGCAAACAAAAAGGCUUUUGAAGCGUAUUACCAAUAAGAACAAGAUUAAGAAGAAAAACAGAAUUAGUAGUAUUAAUUUUAGCAAUAUUUUUCCAGAUUUUGCUAAUUAUCUUAAAUCUGAUUCUUAUUUUUACUCCCACUUCAUCUCUUCUUCUCACCCGUCUCAUAAUUCAGCUCCAUUUGAUGCUUUUCUCUCUUUUAGAGAUGCAGCCCAUACCGGUGAAUCUAUUUUGGCAAAUAAAGGGCAAAUGAAGGAGAGGCUAGUGGAAUACCUUAAAUCUGAUACGUAUCUGUACACUCCUUUGGAAAGUACUCGACAUUGUGAUAAUAUUGCGGAGAAAUCUGUCAUUUCUUCCCCAAGAGGACAGGAGUUGCGAUUCACAAGAGUAACUAGUACAGUAUUAUCGGAUAAGAUUGCCUGGCAGACAAAAGAAAUAGCUGAAAAUUCUGUGGUUGAAAAGCAUGGGGAUCAUGGCUCAAAUGGUAUGCCUCAUGAUGAAAGUAUCUUAUUCCCUAAAACUCCAGCGCUCCAGGAAGUAAAGAAGCAAGCAGCUCGCAGGAGUAGUCGAUUAUCAACAUUCUCAGGUUAAAGUACUGGAAUAGUAACGUAAACAAGUCUUUAAGACUACAUUGCCAUAAGCAGCUAGGGCAUAGAAACUUAGACUGAUUUCAUUUUGUAUAUGUGCUUAAUACUUAUAACUGUAUUAUCUACAACUAAAUACUUUGGUUAGCUCUUGACAUCUCAGGACAGUUUGUAGCGAGUAAUAUGUCGAAUGUUCUUUCGAUGAAGUCUAGAAUCACCAAAAGGAAAUUGCUUUUUGUCGAAAUUAAAAGUAAUAUAUAGCUCUUUUAAGUUUUGAGCAUCUUCAAUUUAUAAAC